GCAGUCCCUGUGUCCUGCUAGCUUCAAACCCGAACGUCAAUUCUUCAUGCACAGGCGCAAACAUCAGGCAGGAAUGGAACUUACCUCGCGGCCUUGAGUAGUUCUUUUGACUCCCAGCUGUGCUGGAAACCACGGUAGAACUCUUGGAGUACUCUCGGAGGAGUGUCUACGUCAUGUCGAGCUGCCUGCUUCAACCAGAAGUCGGAGGGACCACUGCUCUGGCAAAUUGCGACCCGCCGCCGAACAGCCCGCCCGAACCGACAUUUGAGGCCUUGCCCGAGCGUUUCCUCGCCCAGCUUUACGCGCAACUCUUGUUACCAGAUGUCAAGUCGCUGCGGUCAACCUGCUCGGGCCUGGCGGCAGCCUGCGCCAAGGCAGGGCGACUGACCAGCCUGCGCGGCACUGCUCUGCUGACGGAGCCGCUGCCCAGCCUGUCCCGACUGCCGCCCGUGUCCUUCCUGGACCUCAACGCGCGCAACGCCGACUGCGGCCACCGCCUCAUUUCUGCGCUGCGCAAGCACGGCGGCUCGGUGCGCGCUGCCCGGCUGAGCGGCCGCGAGGGGCUGCAGGCGGCGCUGCAGGCGCUGGCGCUGUCCUGCCCGGCGCUGGUUCGGCUAGAGGUGCGCUGCCAGCACAGCUACCGCGGCCGACACGCCGAGUGCGCAGACCUGGGGCGGUGCCUACUGGAGCUCCAGAGCGGCUUCCCCGGUCUUCAGGAGCUGCACCUCACCCGCCUGCCCAUCAGCGGCGAGCAGCUGCGGGCCCUCACCGCGCGCCUGCCGCACCUGAGGGCGCUGUCUGUCAGGGGCCUCAGCGCCGCCGCAGGAGGCGGCAGCGGAGGCGGCGGCGGCAGCCGCUCUGGCGGGGGCUGCGGAGCCGGGGGCGGUCACGGCGGGAAGGGAGGAGGAGGAGGUGACGGCAACAAGUGCAACAGCCUGAGUGGUGACACGCUGGCUUCGGCGCUGGGCGGUCUGUCGCGGCUGGCGGCUCUCAGCAUCGACCACCUGAGGCUGGUGGACGGCUGCUCCUUCCCCGCCAGCCCGGCCCUGUCCGGCCUGCGCUCCCUGGAGCUGUCGGACGCCGAGGUGGCGCCCGCCGCCUUCGCCGCCCUCAACGCCCUCACGGCGCUGACCUCGCUGGCGGCCUGGGGCAGCGGCGCGCGGGCGGCGCUGGGCUUUGCGCCGCUGGGCGCGCUGACUGGGCUGCGGCGGCUGCACUUGGAGCUGGUGCUGGAUGAGGUCAUCCUGUCCGGCCUGGUGGGCUGCAGCUCGCUGGGCCACCUGUCGGCCCAGGGCGCCCGCGUGCGAGGGGGACACCCCGCCGGCCCCCCGGCACACACACACGGCAGCAGCAGCAGCAGCGGCAGCAGCAGCAGCAGCGGUGGCGGCGGCGGCGGUGACGAUGAAAAUGACGGGGCUGCUAGCGGCGGGACGGCUACCACGGUUGCAACAGCAGCGGCGGCGCUGCCGCCGCAGCUGACUAGCGUCACGCGGCUCAGUCUGGAGGCGUGGGAGGGGGGAGGGGCGGGGGAAGGGGAGGAGGCGGGGGAGGUGGGGUGCCUGCCGUUGGCGGCCUGGCUGCCGCGGUUGCGGGUGCUGGCUCUGGAGGAGGGCGAGGGCAUGUGGGAGGCAGCGGCGGCGCACCCGGAGCUCACGUCCCUGAGGGCAGCAGCGGGAGGCUGCCUGCCGCUUGCCGCGAUGGCAGUUGCGGCGGCGGUUGCAACGGUGCCGGAGGCGGCGGCGGUUGUGGCCGCAGUGCAGGGUGUCGGGGCGGCGGCGGCAGGGAUUGCAGGGGCGCCCGCGGCGCCCGCGGGUUGGGGCAGCAGCAACUCGCGUUUGGGGGUGGCGGCGGCGGCAGCAGCAGCGGCGUUAAUACAGCAGCGGCAGCAGCAGCAGCAGCAGCAGCAGCCGACUUUACCACAGGCAGUGUUGGGGCCGCGGCGGCUGUUGAGCACCUCUCCAGUGACGCCCCUGCUGGGCACGUCGCCAGCUGCGGCCCUGCUACCUGGCGCUUCUCCCGGCAAGGCCCACCACCUGCACGGCCACCACCAUCACCACCAUCACCACCACCACCUCCAUUUGCUGCACGGACUGAACCACCGCGGCUACGGCUUGCCGCCAGAGGGCGCCCAAGCCAACGGCGGCGGCGGCGGCGGUGCUGGCGGCGGCGGCGACGAGAGCGACGAUGAGGACAGCAGCAGCGUCAGCAGCAGCAGCGGUGGCGGCGGCGGCAGCGGCAGCGGGUCCCUUGCCAGCGGCGGCGGCGGCGGUGGCAGUGCGCGCAGCAGCUGCAGCGGGGUCGAUGAGGGGGAGGGCGACGAGGAGGGCGAGGCGGCUGCUGCCGCCUCAGCGGCGUCGGCGUAUGCGGCGGGUCGGGCGGGCUUCACGCUCACGACGGUGGACGCUUACGGGCAAAUGCUCAGCACGCCGUGCGGCGCAGCCGCCGCCGUACAGGAUGCGGCCUGCAGAGGCGGCGCCUCUGGCACCGCAGCCGCCGCGGCUGGCACCGCCGCCCCUAUCAACAGUGCACUUGAGGUAGCUGCAGCGCCUGAAGCAGCGCCGCCGCCGCCGCCGCCGCCGCUGCCGCCGCGGCUGGCGCACCUGCGCCUGGGCGGCUGCGAGGGGCUGCCCGAGGCGCACUGGGCGGCGCUGGCCGCGGCGGCGCUGCCGGCCCUGACGGCAGCGGAGCUGUCGGGCUGCGCCUGCCUGACGCCGGCGGCACUGGCGGCGGUGCUGGCGGCGGCGCCGGCGCUGCGGGAGCUGCAUGUGGAGGGCGCACCGCUGUUGGACGACAGCGCUUUGCUGGCGCUUGGGGGCAGCGGCGUGGCAGGAGCAGGAGCGGGCUUGAGGAAGCGGGAAGCGGGGGUUGAAGGAGCGGCAGCGGCUGCCGAAGUGCUGGAUGCGACGGCGGCUGGGGCGGCGGCGGCGGCGGCGGCGGCAGCGAUGUGUGCGCCGGCGGCGCACGCGGCGCGCGGCGGCCCGGCGGCGGCGCGGGUGCACGUGCCCGUGCCGCCGUGUGAGGCGUGCGCGGCUGCGGCGCAUGCGGCGGCGGCGGGCGGCGCACUGGAUCCCAUACACGUGCACACAGGCGACCAUGCCUAUAGUCACAGCCACAGCCACCGUACUGCGGAAGAUGCUGCUAGCACCGGCGGCAGCGGCAGCGGCUCUGGCAGUGACAACGGCCUGCAAGCGGCACAAACUGCCACCGGCGCAAAUCCCAACGUUGCCGGUAAUAGCGGCCUUGCCGGCGGCAGUAGCGGCCUUCCCCGCGGCAGUCGCAGCCUUGCCGGUGGCAGUAGCGGCUUCCAUCGCUCCAGCAGCGCGGCGGCGCUGGCGGCGGCGGCGGCCAUGCUGGAGCGGAGUGCGCUGUCCUCACCGGCCGUGCCCGUCGCACCGCAGCCCUCCAGAACCGCCGCCGUCUGCAGUGCUGGUAGCGCCGGCGGCGGCGGCGGUGACAGCAGUGGCGGCGCAGCGCCUGCGCCUGUGUCUGAGCCUGAGCCUACGGCCUCGGGUGCUGGGGCUGCGGUGGCGGCGGCCGGGGCAACCGGUUCGCUGCUGUGCCCACUGCUGACGCGGCUGACGCUGACGCGGCUGCCGGGCAUAACGGCGGCGGGCGUGGCGGCGGCGGCGGCGGCGCUGCCGGGCCUGCGGGAGCUGGAGGUGGCGGGCUGCAGGGGCGUGUGCCGCGAGGCGUGUGUGUGGCUGCCGGAGCAGCUGGGCCGGCCGGGGCUGUCGGUGGUGUGCAGUCAUGAGCUGUCGUAUGAAGACUUGUAGGCACUGGUUUCGCGGUUUGCAUUUAUUACGGUUUGGUUUGUUGCGUUGUUGUCAUGUGUUCUUUUGUUCACAGUCGUGGGCUGCCGGCUGGGUGGUGAUGGCGUGCUCGCGCCAGAGUUACUGCACAGGUUUCAAGAGGGUUUGUGUGUGGGAAUGCCACCCUGUUUCUGCAUGUGAUGGGUGGUUUGCGGUUCGGUUUGGUUGCCAUGAUAUUGAUUGUUGGCAUGCUUGAUGUGUCAGUGUGGUUGCUGCAUCUCCGGCAUGCCUGGAUAGAGUUAGGUUGGUGCCGGACAUCACUGCUUGGGGGCGGAUUUGGACUUCACAGGUUUUGGUGUUGCGUGUUAACAACCACAAGGGAAUGCGCAUGUGUGCAUCGUCUUGUGUUUGUCGGUGUGUGGUGGGGCAGGCUCGAAUUGGGCAGGCGCUGUUGAUCAAGCACUUGCGAUUGCGGUAUAUAUUACGGUACACGGAGCUAGCGACGAUUGAAAGCAUACCGUAGAUGGUUAUCCCACACUCGGACUGAGACUCUACUGUGAGCCGUGCCAUCAAGUUGCACACGAUUGGGACUUCGCCACCGUACCUCUUACCCUGUUCCAUCGCUCUAUACUGCGGCUCUGCGAGACUCUGCGAGCCGCGUCAGGCACUGCCGUACUGUAAUGUUGCCAGGCU